AAAACAUAAAAUUUGUAAACAAAAAUUAAAAUAUUCCAUUGCUUUUUGUAUUUUCGUAGUGUUGCAAGACAUUACUCAACACUGGUUAACAGCUGGUGAUUUGUUUAUCUAUAAUUUUUGUUAGCCGCAAUUGCUUUGCAGCUUAAUUAUCUAGAGCUGGUAUCGAACUAACGCCAUUCGAAACUCAGUUGACGUCAGAGAGAGUAAUUUCUGGUGCAUUACGGAUAAAUCGAAGUAUUUUCGCCAGCUCUUGCGGCAAUGACGAGCCAUUUUAUAAGCGUGUUGCGCCAGGCCUUCAAGACUUUCGACCGCGCCAAUCUUGCCAGCUUCAAUGCCAAUUUGCAGCUUCUGAAGCAGUUAACUGAUGAGCUCACUUAUCGUGAUCUACAUAUCAAGGAGGAGCUAUUCCGUGACGAUGCCGCGAAUGUAACCCGUGCACCAUGCAGCUAUAUGCACAUCUUCGAGGAUGAGCGCUUCUCCAUGAGUUUAUUCAUUGUGCGCGGCAGUAAUUCAAUUCCACUGCACGAUCAUCCCAUGAUGUACGGCCUGCUGCGCUGCAUCUGGGGCAAGUUGCAUGUGCAGAGCUACUCCCAGAAGCUGGCCGCCGAUGAGAUGGUUCAGUAUGAGAAGAAUCCAACAAUGGUCAAAGUAAUCGCUGAGGAGCCCAGCCUGGUGACUGCCGAAACAUCUAGCGCCUUGUUAACGCCACGCAAACGCAACUAUCACCAGAUUACCCAGGUCGGCAACGGGAUUGCCGCCUUCUUCGAUAUACUUAGUCCUCCAUACGAUGCCAAUAUGCCGAAAUAUGGUCCACGCCUUUGCCGCUUCUAUCGCCCCAAGUCGGAUGGCGACGAACUGCAGUUGCAGUGCAUUCCGUCGCCCUCCAGCUACUAUUGUGAUUUAACCCCAACUCCCAAGUCUGUGCUGAAAUGUUGCUUCAUCUGUGCCGCCGAAGUUUAUGGUGCCACCGUCACCGACGUUCAGUGAAUUAUAUCCUUACAAAAUGUAUCCUUAAAUGUAUCCUAAAACUUAAUUUAUUUCCAUUAAACGUGAACAUCACGUGCUGCAUACCAGUAGGAUCCGCAUGAUUAAGCAUUUUCUGUGUUAUUUAAAUAAAAUUGCCUCUUUUUUUUAA